AUGGCUCACACAGAGGAAGACCUACAGUUCAUUGUGGAUGUUUUCACAAGCGGCACGGCUCUUUGGCGUUACAAUAAGUUUGCCAAAACAGAGGUCCUGUACCAAUCAACUACAGCAACACCUCCAAAUAUCACCAUCGAAGGCACCCAGCUGAAGACUGUAGAUGACUUCAAAUAUCUUGGCAGUGUCAUAAGCAACGAUGGCUCUCUUGAUAAGGAGAUCAACUCCAGAAUCUGCAAGGCCAGUCAAGCCCUUGGACGACUUAAAAUCCGUAUCCUCUCCCGGCACAGCAUCAAGCUCUCGACUAAGCUCCAGAUUUACCAAGCCAUUGUCCUCACCAGCCUCCUUUAUGGAUGUGAGACCUGGACUCUGUAUAAGCGCCACCUGAAACUACUAGAAAAAUUCCACAUCAAAGGUCUCAAGUCAAUUCUAGGCAUUCGAUGA